AUGCACAGCAUUCUGGCAUUAGGCGGAGCGCAUCUGUCUUAUCACUUACAAGAAAAUAUCGAGAUUCAGCAGGCAACUUGCCGACACUAUUCCUUCGCCGUGCGGACCCUGCGCCGUAUAUCGGAGGAUGAGACCCUCCUUCGCGAACCUCUGGUACUCCUUCGAAUGAUCUUGACUGUGAUAAUCCUUUGUCACUACGAGGUAGUCUCAGGAAAUCUCGACGGGUCCCCUUUCACCCACCUUCGGGCUAGCCGUCACCUGCUUCUGGAAUUGCGAAGCAGGCGUCACCAGAUCAACACGACCGCUGAGCUGAAAUUGUAUGGAUUUGUAACGGAGCUCUAUUCUUACGUUGUCCUCUGCAACACCAUCACUCCCUUCGCAAUGAACUGUAAGCGGACCCUCGUUCAUGACAAAUUUCUGCAAUCCCUCGACGACCUGCGAGACUUUGGUGCAUUCGGGGUCAUGUUCGGUGGCGGCCACGGCCUUUUCGAAAUGAUAUCGUUAAUAUCUCUCUUUGCCGCGCACAAAGAGUCUCUCCCGUCAAUGGGUCACGACACGGACCCGGAGCGCUAUGAGAUAUACGAACGAUUCAAGAGUCGCAUUAUCAACUGGAAUCCUCCGGCUAUGGACUCCCCUGAGAAUGACUCCGACCAUGACUUGCUCUCAGGGCGCAAAGCGGCCUUAGAGUUGUGUCGACUGGUUUUGAUGAUCUUUCUGGAAACCGCCCUUUCCCCAUUCUCUAAAUAUGACUCCGCGCGGAUCUAUCAGCUCCAACCUCUCCUUGAUGUGGCCAUGUCAUAUUUGCCGCUGGUCUCUCCUACCAAGUUCUCUUGCAUCGCUAUGUGGCCGCUCAUGAUCAUUGGCUCCUGCUUGGUAGAAGAAGAUCAGCGCAGGGUCAUGAAGAAUAUCUUGAUCCACAAUCAAUAUAUGAUGAGGAACACAGCUCAGGCGAGCAAUCUGCUGGAGUUGCUCUGGAUGGAUCCGGAUGAAUAUGCAAUCGGUCCAUAUGGGCUGGGAAUGUUGAUGGAAAACUACGAGUUGGACUAUGGGGUUAUUUGA